CGGCCCGGGGCGCUGCUGGGACGGGCCAGGGCUGGGCUGGGGGCUGCAGCGGCGCCCCUGCCCACGUGUCGGGCAGCAGGAUGACCUGGGGGCUGCCCUUGGGGGGAGUGGGGACAUCAGGGCUGGGCAGUGGCAGGGUGACGGUCCCGUGUCCCCAUCGGCUGGUACGAGCUGUGCUGUCUCCUGUCCCGCAGGUGCCCCGCGCCGAGCCGACGCAGAGCAGGAGCCCAGGCCCCCAGCUGGGGUGGGCCGUCCUGGGGCAGGGAAUGGCGGCUGUGCCGGAGCCGGUGGCAGCCGUGCACCUUCCCUGCACAGCCCCGGGGCAGCCCGAGGGGAUGCUGGAGGAGCAGGACCUGAGAGGUCUCCAGGCAGGAAAAAUCCCUCGUGUCCCCCAGGCUGGGAUCACAGGGGCGUCCCUGAGGUGCUCGGCACUGCAGCAAGCCAAGCAGCAGCUGCAGGAGGAGCCGGUGCAGUGCCGGGGGAUCCAGGAGCAGGAGGUGAAGCAGGCCGUGCAGCCCCCGUCCGAGGCGGAGUCGGACUUGGCGACCCCCCCGCUGGCACCGGGGCACGACCUCCCCGCCCCGCACGCCUGGCGCCAGCGCUUCCGGGGCCUCCGCUACCGGGAAGGCGCGGGGCCGCGGGAGGUGUGCGGCCGGCUGCGGGAGCUGGCCCAGCGCUGGCUGGAGCCCCAGCGCCGCAGCAAGGAGCAGAUGCUGGAGCUGGUGGUGCUGGAGCAGUUCCUGGCCAUCCUGCCCCGGGAGACGCGGAGCUGGGAGUGGGGGCGCGGCGUGGAGACCUGCGCCCAGGCCGUGGCCCUGGCCGAGGGGGUUCAGCUGGGGCAGGAGGAGGACGAGACGCUCCAGGUCACAGUGAGUGUGGAGGUUGAGGAGGUGAGAUCAGAUAAGGUGCAGCCCCCUGGGGCACCGCAGCAGCCUGGUGAUUCCUGGCUGGAGCAGCCACAGGCCCACCAUGUGGACAGGCCUCUGGAGGAGGCAGGACAAAGGGAGAGCUUAGGGCCUCAGGACCAGCUCCCUUAUGUCCCCAGAAAGGAACCCUGGCCCAACCCAAAGUCAGAUUCACCUGAGAGAGGGGAGACCUGGGAGCUGUCAGCAGUUGGAAGCUCUUUGGGCUUGGGUCCCAGACAAGGCCCUUUCCCCGGAGCAGGUCCUCUGAGCAGAGAUGAGCAGCAGCUUCCUGAGGAAGUGCCUACAAACCUGGACCUGCAGAGAACUUCCCCAAGGAGACUGGGGGGGAGGGUGUCCCUGACUCCUGAACUGGGGCAAGGCAGGCCUGCAAAGCAGAGGGAGAGCAUGCAGCUCCCGGAGGCCUUUGAGGACGUGGCCGUGUAUUUGACGCAGGUGGAGUGGGAGCUGUUAGAAGAUGAAGACAAGGGGCUUUACCGGAACCAGAUGCUGAGGAACUACCAAGCCCUUGUUUCCCUGGGAUAUCGAGGUCCCACACCUGACUUAAUCUGCCGCAUCCAGCGAGGAGAGGUGGAACUCUGGGUUUGUGAUGAUGAUGGUGGGGAACUCAGAAGGUCUGAGGACCUACCACCAGGAAGCACUUGGCUGCUGAGUGGAGCUGAGGAGCAGGUUCCUGAAGAAGAACCUGCAAACCUGGAGCCGCCCCAGGCUCCUGCAGGGAGUUUGGACAAGGUGGACUCCAUGACACCCAAGGAGUACCAAUGGCACGAGAGUCAGGGUAGGUCCCAAAAGGAGGAGAAGAAUGUAGCAGUGAACCAAGUGUCAUCUGCACUUGAGCAUGAGAGUGGAAAAGGGACAAAAGCUAGAAUCAGUCCUAGGUGCAUGGAAGAAUUUGUGGAGCUGAAGAACCAUGAGGCAGAACUGCAGUGGAGAGAGACCUUGUAUCCAAGCCAACCCUGUAUCCAGUUGAUACAAGGGAAGCAGGAGCUUGGCGCCAAGCCCAGGGGGAGAACCCAGCCCUUCUCUGAGUUCAGGAAAAGCUUUAGCUGCCCCUCACUCUUGGCUCUGCAUGAGAUAAAGCAUGCUGGGGAAAAGUCCCACAUUUGCACCAAGUGCGGAAAGAACUUCACCUGCCUUACAACCCUAGCUGCUCACUGCAAGAUCCAUUCUGGAGCGAUCCCUCACCGUUUCACCAAAUGUGAGACAAACUUUGUGUGCCCCUUGGGUCUGGGCAAGCACCGACAUGUGCAGAGGGGUAAGUGUCAGUACUGCUGUAUCCCAUGUGGUAAGACCAUCACCCAUUUCUUUUCCCUGACUGAGCACCAGAAUAUCUGCCUGGGUAGGAAGAUGCGCUGUUGCACCAAAUGCAGGAAGAACUUGGUCUGCCGGCAAGGCUUGUCCCAGGACCAGUGUGUGCAGAGUGGGGAGCAGCCACACCACUGCACAAAGUGUGGGAAGAGCUUCAGGCAUUCCUCCAGCCUGGCCAGGCACAGGUGUAUGCACACAAAAAAGAAGCCACAUCAGUGCUCUGAGUGUGGGAAAAGCUUUACCCACCCUUCCUUGCUGGCCCGGCACCAGCUCACUCACACAGGGGAGAGACCACAUCAGUGCUCAGUGUGUGGGAAGAGAUUCACUCAGUCUUCCCACCUAGUCAUACACCAGUGCAUCCACACAGGGGGCAAGCUGCAUCAGUGCUCUGAGUGUGGGAAGACAUUCACCCAGUCCUCUAGCCUAGCUAAGCACCAGUGCAUCCACACAGGGGGAAAACCACAUCAGUGUUCUGAGUGUGGGAAGGGCUUUAACCACCCCUCCUUGCUGGCCCGGCACCAGCGUAUCCACACAGGGGAGAGACCACAUCAGUGCUCAGUGUGUGGGAGGAGAUUCACUCAGUCUUCCCACCUAGUCACACACCAACGCAUCCACACAGGGGGCAAGCUGCAUCAGUGCUCUGAGUGUAGGAAGACAUUCACCCAGUCCUCUAGCCUAGCUAAGCACCAGUGCAUCCACACAGGGGGGAAACCACAUCAGUGUUCUGAGUGUGGGAAGAGCUUUACCCACCCUUCCUUGCUGGCCCGGCACCAGCGUAUCCACACAGGGGAGAGACCACAUCAGUGCUCUGUGUGUGGAAAGAGAUUCACUCAAUACUGUAACCUGGCCCAGCACUGGCGCAUCCACACUGGGGAGAAGCCACAUCAAUGCUCUGAGUGCGGGAAGAGAUUCACUCAGUCUUCCCACCUAGUCACGCACCAGCGCAUCCACACAGGGGAGAAGCCACAUUCAUGCCUUGAGUGUGGGAAGAGAUUCGCUGACUUUUCCAGCCUGGCCAAACACCAGCGCAUCCACACAGGGGAGAAGCCAUAUCAGUGCUCUGAGUGUGGGAAGAGCUUCACCCAAUCUUCCCACCUAGUUAAGCACCAACACAGCCACGCAGGAGAGAAGCCACAUCAGUGCUUUGAGUCUGCAAAGAACUUUACCCGCUGCUCCAGCCUGGGCAAGCACCAACGCCACUAUGCUGAAGAAGCCACAUGAGUGCCCUGAGUAUAGGAAGAGCUUCACCUAAAGCAAUGCAGGGAGGAUUUGGGGAUUCCUAGCUGCCCAGGACCUGCCAGUGGCUGCAUUCAGGCAAACAACCUCUUGCUGUUGGAGUUCAGCUAGAGUUGAUGUAGCCUUUGCCUUUGUAGGGCACUGAAGGACCCAGAGGCUAGGCCCCAAUGUUUGGAGGGAGGGACUAAGAGGAAUCGCCUGGGGCAGAAGCCAGACCAGAAGCUGGGGGAACGUGUGAGGAGAUGAUCUUUGUAUCAGACUUGGAGUCUGUGCCUUUUCCAUCAUUAUCCAAAAGGAGCCAGUGCUCCUGGGGAAGAAGUGCCUUUCCAGUAGGGUUCUCUCCUCCGGACAGCUGGCUCCAAAUGCACCUGGGACUGUCCUUGUCCGCCUUCUAGCAUUAUCAUCCCUCCUGGUCCCAGGGUCCUGGUAUGUGAGUCUGUUGAGAUGCAGGAAGGAGGAUGUUUGUGGCUGGGGAAGCAUUCCCUGCCCUCCACCCAGAUCCCACCUUUCCUCCCCACCACAUCACCUCUCUCCCGGGCCCGCUUAUAUCCAUCGAGGCCUGCAAGGUUCUGCUACUGCCAACCCUAGACCUUGAUAUGUUUUGCUUCUCAGCCUCUCCAGAGCUCAGCAUCACUGUAUGCCUCCUGCUGCUGUGUGCUUCUGCCCUUCACUGCACUCCCUGUUAUGCAGUUUCUGCCCAGAAAACCUAAGUACUGAACAUGAUAUGCCUGUGGUUGGGCUCUAUGCCCUCUCCAGAGCUGUGAGAUGGAAACUGGGGCCAAGAACUCUUUCCAGGGCAGAUUUAUCUGAGGCUUCCCAGCCCCUUCCCUUUGAGGAUUUGCCACAGUCCCAGAGCUGUUGGAAACCCUUGGGUGAAGGAGUUGGUCACACGCCCAUGAACAGGUGUGCAGCAAGGACUCUGCCUUUUUGAAGGAACCUCUGGUCAGGAGGGAAUAGAGUCCUUUUUCUGGGGAAAAUAGGAGAACGGGUGGAGGAAGUGCAGCCUGUGUCAGGUCCUGCCUCGUGUGGAAGGGUGGGGGAAAUAUGAUCUCCAGUGGGUGAAAUGCAGCAUGUAAUCUCUGGAUAAUGUUAUCUGAUCGGUUGUAUCCCAGUAGGCCGUGUCUCAUACAGAAAAAAAACUUGUUUCAUUUCUCUUACACUUCUCCCAAUAAAAUAAAAGCCACCAGAGACAUCA